AUUUAAAGUUCUUGUCGAGGGGAACGUUGCUUCUUGGCUCUCCUCGAUAGACGACACCGAAAAAAUGCCGGACGGAUCCGCCGGCGAUGCCCAAUUCGAAGUUGGGCCGAAGAGCUCAACAACCGUCGCAGACCGAGAUGGCAAGGCACCGGCCGGCUUCGAUGAGCGCGAUGGUCCUUCGUCGCCACGGAAAACGAUGACGAGAGCACAGCUGGCCUCGCGCAUCGCUCAGGGCGAGACGCUGGUGCUUCAUCGUCGGCGCAUCUACAAGCUCGAUUCGUGGCUCGCUAGACAUCCCGGUGGUGACCUGGCGAUUCUUCACUUUGUCGGCAGGGACGCCAGCGAUGAGAUCGAGGCUUAUCACUGCGACGAGACGCUGAAGCGCAUGAGAUCCUUUGUUGUCGCCAUGCUCGACGAGAACGACUGGGAGGCUUACAAGCCACUGGUCCCCCCCGUGCAGCUCGGUUACCGGAGCGGCAAGCUCGAUCACCCCGAUGCACAGUGGGUGCUGUACGAUAGUGUACGCCGGGCUGGGGCCUCCGAGAGUGAGAAGGAGAACGGACCACGACCGCAAGGCUUUCCUCUGCCCACUUCGCUCCUAGAACCACCGCCAGACCCUCCUGGAAUCGACGCAGCGCACGAACGAGCCCUUUCAAGAGCCUAUCGGAGAAUGCACGACGACAUCAAGCGAGCCGGCCUCUAUACUCUCCGACCUGCCGGCUAUGCUCGCGAAUGCACGCGCUACUUUGCCUUGGCCGCUACUGCCUGGUAUCUCUGGCACAUGAGCCUCGUCAAGGAUUCCGUAACCCUCUACAUGGCCUCGUCGGUCUUUCUCGGCCUUUUCUGGCACCAGCUCACCUUCACUGCCCACGAUGCUGGCCAUACUGGAAUCACCCACUCGCACUUCUGGGACAGGCUCCUGGGGUCCAUCAUUGCCGACUGGAUCGGCGGCCUGAGCAUUGGCUGGUGGUGCGACAACCACGACGUCCAUCACCUUGUCACCAACCACCCAGAGCAUGAUCCUGACAUCCAGCACAUGCCCUUUUUCGCCAUCAGCCCUCGCUUCCUCGUCGAGAAGUCUCCUCAAGCCGACGGCGCACACAGCAAGAAGGAAACUACCUUUGGCCUCUGGAGCUCCUACUACCGCCGCGUCCUCCUCUUCGAUGCACCCUCGCGCGUCUUCCUCUCCGUCCAGCACAAGAUUUACUACCUCGUCAUGAGCCUCGGCCGAUUCAAUCUCUACGCCAACUCCUACGGAUUUCUCCUCUUCAAGGCCAAGAAGCACGAAAAGUGGUUUUGGAUCGAGGCCGCAGGCAUCGCCUUCUUUUGGUACUGGUUCGGCGCCAUCUAUCUUGCUUCGGCGCCCGGCUGGGGCAGCGCGCUGGCCGCGCUUCUCGUGAGCCACAUAGUCACGAGUCCCCUGCACGUCCAGAUUGUCCUGUCGCACUUCGCCCAGUCGUCGGAAGACCUCGGCCUCUCCGAGUCCUUUGCCUCGCGCCAGGUUCGCACGACGAUGGACGUCCAGUGCCCGCCCUGGCUCGACUUUCUCCAUGGCGGCCUGCACAUGCAGGUCUCGCACCAUCUCUUUCCGCGCCUGCCGCGCCACAACCUGCGCGAAGCGCGAGACCGCUUCGUGCGGCCCUUUUGCGCAACGUGGGGCCUGCAGUACGAAGAGUACGGCUUCAAAGAGGGCAACGGCAAGGUGCUCAAGACGCUCGGCGACGUGGCGAACCAAGUCAGGAUCAUGGGCAAGGUGGCAAAGGCACAGGCUCGGGGCGAGAUUCAUCAUUGAUUGUAGUAGAUAGAGAAGUCGUACAAGGCCUACUAAUGGAUAGUUGCUG